GGAAUUCACAGUGUCUGGUUCAUAUAUAUAAAUUCUCUGGUUGCCAUUUACGAGCCAAAUAAACGCAGAUGACGACAAAAUUGAUCUAUUUAAUAUUAAUUUAUCUCGCAUCAAAUGGUUACACCGACAGCAAGCCUUAUGUGGGGCAUUUCUCUAAAUAAGAGAGACAUUUUGUUAGAAUUGAAGUGGUCUUUAAAUGAACUCCCCCUGCGACGCACGUCACGACUUGUCGCCUAACUGCCUUCAGCUGCGUUCUCACCAAACUUUAAGAUUACACCAGAAAGAAUGCUGACUUUGUUUGGUCAUUUGUAUAAUAUAUUGAAAUUAAAACAACCUAAAGUUGAAGCGCCAGGUUUACUUUAAUUUGAAGCACAGAGUAUAAACUUAACAAACGCCCACUUGUGUCCGUUAGUCAACUGCGAUGCUCAAAAAGCCCCAACAAACCGCCGUUAGCAUUCGCUAGCUCGGUAAUUUACAGUACUCCAACAUGGUGGUUGGGGUAUAUUUGUUGGUGAAUUUAAGAACAGAAAGGUAUACCGCAUCAAACCAGUGACGUGUGUUUUUAAAUGUGAAAACCGGAGUUAUCGACAAAGCCUGUCGUGACCAUGGAAUCACCCUGCAGUAUGUCUGCAGCUUUAGCGACUCUGACUGUGCAGGUUUGUUUUCCUGAUGCCCGGGCUACUGUUUUGGAAAAUUUGAACUGCCAACGGGAGGAGGGACUGUUGUGUGAUCUCUCGGUUCAGGUGCAAGGUCAGGUGUUCAAGGCCCACCGUUGUGUACUUGCUGCAUCCUCACCCUACUUCCAUGACCAGGUUCUACUGAAAAAUGUCACAACAGUUUCCCUCCCCUCCAUUUUGGACCCAGUAGCUUUUGAGGGUGUCCUCAGUUCUGCCUACACGGGCCAGUUGAGCAUUGUGCAUGAUGACAUUGUCAAUUACAUCACUGUGGCCAGCUUCCUUCAAAUGUGGCACAUUGUGGACAAAUGCACGGAGAUCUUGAAGAGGCCUCAACCUGUAGGAGAAGCGCCCCCUUGUAAUGCCACCGUUGGCCAACAGGGUACUGUAUCACGACAGCAAUCCCCAAGUAGUACUGAGUGUUUAAAUCUGGAGAAGGAAGGGAGAUGGAGGGAAAAGAAGCCCGACGCCCUGCCUCCGUUGGCUUCAUGGAGGCGUCCACAGCAGUUCCCCAGGUGGGGGAAUCCACGACACUCGUCACCCCAACACCUCGCUGACACUCAGUUUGACCCGAGUUUGCCCAGCAGUAUGGAGACUGGUUACCUCAGCGGUGAGGAGAUGUGGAUAUCCAGCAAUGCAAAAACGAGUCACUUGGGACACGCAGUAGCUGAGCACAACAGCUGCCAGCACCGAGGAAUUCCUACUGGUAAGACAUCAAGGCAGAGAGCAAGGCUUCAACAGUGGAGGGCGCCGCCAGGCAUUGACAGACUGCUGAAUAAGAACAGAGGGAACAGGGACAAUGAUGAAACCCAAGAAAGGAGGAAAAGUGACGAGAGAGAAACUAAAAAUGAUGUGGACGAGGAGGUCGUCGACAAAGAAGGCCUCAGGAAAACGGAGCAUUGUGACCAGGACAUUACUACACAUCAGAGUGCUGACGCUGUGACAACGCCAGUGACCAGCUUAGACAUGAUAAAGGAGGAAAAGCAGAGGAACCCUGUGGGAAGUGAUCAAUCGCUAAAUGUGUCCGGCGUUCCUGUUUGUCUCACGGACGGAGAUUCUUGUCCCUCUGGUCCGAAUUCUGCACGGAAGCGCUGGCAGUCCGGUUCUUGGUCUCAGGGUGACCACGUGCUGCCGGAAAUGGCAGGAGACGGCUAUAGCAGGGAUGAAGAUGUAGAUGAGGAAGAGGAGGAGGACGUGGACUUUAACUGUUUUACAGUAGGUCCAUUGAGCAGAGGCACCUGUGAGGAGAUGACCGAUGGCCCUGGACAGGUUCCCCAGAAGCCUGCGGUCACUGCGUCCCCAGACUUCAGCCUCACAGACUCGGAGAUGCACUGGUCCUCCCCCAGCGCAGUACAAGGUGGCUCGUUGACGCCCCCUACCUCCAGCCAGCACUUGUCUCCGUCCUCUACUGCUUGCCCUCCUCACUCCUCACCUACAGCGCCGUCUUCAUCCUCCUCCUCCCUUGCAGGGAAAGUCCACUUCUGUCACUGUGGAAAGGCCUACACUGUGAAGAGCAUGCUUUACCGACACGUGAAGAUGCAGCACCUUAAUUUACGGCCCUUCGACUGCCCCGUUUGCACAAAGUCCUUCAAAAUGAAGCACCAUCUCACCAAGCACCUUAAAACUCACGGUGGGCUGCGUCCCUAUGAGUGCGGUGUGUGUGGGAAGAAGGUCAUGUGGAGAGACAGCUUCCUCAGACAUCAGGCCCGUUGUGAGAGACUCGCCUCAAGCUCCUCUGCAAACGGCAGCUCCAGCAAAGAACCAGCUUCAGACAAGGGUGGAGCCUACAGCUUUGGAUUUGAAGAAGGGGAAGCUUUCACAGCCACAGUGGGACAAGUGAAGGUGGAGGAGGUGGACUUCACCGAUGGGAUGGAGGAAGACAUAAGUGGCAUGCUGGGAAGCAUGUCGAGGAUGGUGGACGAGAUAAGAAAACCGUCACAGACUCUGAACACUGGCUGCCAUGUUUUUAAAAAAGAGUCUUUGUAAGAAGACGGAAUUCUUUGGACAACUUUUCAGGUGAAUCACGGAACUGAAUGUAUUUAUUUUUUUGGUGCAAAAAUCUGAUUUUUUUUAAAUUACACUUUGAAUAAAACCUCCCUCAGACUCAUGAACAGUGGACGCUUGACACAUAUCAGCACCGUAGAACAUUAAAUUCAGAAAGCUAAGACAAAGCUAGGUUUAAAAAAUAUGGUGAUAGAAUUUCGGCGAUGUGUGGAAACACGAAUCACUCUGUCAGUCCAUGUACACAAGUCUGUAAAGUUUCCCUGCUAAGCCACUUCAUUUUCUUGCUGACUAUUUAUUGAUGUAGUGUACUGUCUGGUGUUUAUGUCAAAAAUAUUCUUCUACACAUCUGAAACAUUGACUCAACUAAAAAAUCCAUUCAUUACGUUUAUCAAACUUAAUUUAUAAAAACUAAACCCAAGACUCACUCUGUAAAGAUUAUUUGACAAUCGACAAAUGAACAGUAAAGUGAAAUAAUGUUAUCCAGUUAUUUGCCACUAGAUGUCACUGUUUUACAGCCUUGCGGGAUUUACGGACGGAAGUUUUCACUGGGUUUGAGAGAAGUGCACUCCUCCAUCUUCCAAUGAAAUGGUACAGCUACGAGACGUUGUGUUCCUGAGGGACUGGUUGUUGGGAGCAGGUCCUAGUUCUGUGUCUGGAGGACUACACAGUCUUUGGAUUUUCUCGGUGUUGGUACGUACUCGGAAAUAUGAACAAAUAAUCGAGAACAUGGAUUCAGAAACAAACGUGCAUUUAAAUUAUUAGGUUUUAUGGAUUUAUCUUUGAAGUCGUGAAGAUGAAAUAUUUUCUGCUAUAAAUUCUGAAAAAUAUUAAUAAAAAAACUUCACUGCUUUUCUGUAUAAAUUAAUUAUUAAUAAUACACAUUUCUAACCACUUUAACUGGUACGGGUGGGGGGCAAUAGUGAAGCAGUGGUAGGACCUCUGUCUGCCACCAGAGGGCUCUAGACUUGAUACCAUCAAAUGUUUUGUCUGUAAAGGAAGAGAUGAUUUCGGUAACGUUUCUCUGUACCUCGGUCUACACAGUGAGGUGUUUGUGAGGUAUUUUUAAAACACAGUCAGCGCAGUAACUGAGAGACAACAGGAGACGUUUAUUAGACCACAGAUUAAAAUAACUUGAGUCACAUGAGGAAGAUACGGUAGCACCAGUCACAUGUCAGCGACCUCCGGUGACAGGAAAGAUUCACACCUCACCGCCGAGACCUCACGACAUGUACAACGCACAGUGGCGUUGCUUUCCAUCAUGAAACACACACCUCAAAACAUCCGUCGACCCGACCCGGUCCUUCACCGACAGCUGCUAACCUUCCACCGCUGAGCUACUUACCAUCUGACCCUCAACUGAAACUGAAACUACUCUAUCCCAUGUCACCCUUCAGGAAAAAAACCCCCAAAAAACCAAUCACAUCAAAACAUUAAAAUUACAAACACGUUUCCAUUACAUAUGGGUGAGUGAGUGUGAGGUUGCGGAGGAGAACGUAUUUACAGUAAACGUUAUGUCGUAGUGCUCUUCGAAGGGCUUCUCGUUCGAGGCAGAUGAUCACAGUGUCUGUGUUAAUUAGAAAUAUAUAUUAAAAA